AAAAUGGUCGACGGUUAUGGACUUGUGAGCAGUCCCUCAAAUUCCUAUCAUAUCUAAGGGUACACGAGCUCAAUGGUCGUGGAAGCAAUGCGUGAAAUUAAGGCAACCACUCAGAACGGUAAACACUGAACGCUAACACAAUAAAACAAAGAUGAGAAGAAUGAUAACAAAGGUAUGGAUGACACUGACUUUUACGUCAUAAAAGUUCAUCGAGAACAUUUCCAUUGACAUCCAUGCUUUAAACGGAACAUAAACACGUAUACUCUGGACACUGACACCAUCAACGGGUAAUUGACCGGCGCAUAAUUGUAAUUCUAGAGUCAGGCAGGACCUUGGGCUAUUUGAGAUGUGAUGUUCAAGGACUAUCAAUGACUCUUGUGACUCAGAAUUCAUCAACCUUCUGAUUGGGAAAUACGAUUUAUGAUUAAUGGAUUGAUUGGACACACGGGUCAUAACAGUAUACGCGACAUCAAGAGUCUAAUAAGUGUAGUCAAAGACGUCAUUGGAAGAACAAUUGUUAUUUGAUCGUCCUCUGAUCAAACUCAUCUAAACAAAGGCCUACACUAUUUCUUCUCAUUUUUAUCUAUUCGAAUAUUGCGUUCCGAACCGAGUGGAUUUGGAGUUGGAUGUCUCAGACUGGAUAUAGCUCAAAAUCAGCACAUUCGACUAAGGUGCCGGCUGUGAAUCGAAAACCUGGUUAUAACUACAAGUAUAAACUUCAUCUGCAAGGCUAACGAUCAGACACGGGCGGAGAUUUACUGAUUUCAAGGGCACACUGGGAUAACAUCGAACAAAUAAAAAACAUCCAAGGGAUCAGACACGAAAGAUCUACAAAGCUAGCGUCAGUUUUAGAAUAGACUGAAGUGCGAAACCUGAUGAAUGUUACGUCUGAACGCCGAAUUUGAUGAGCAGAAAUUUUGUGACAUUUUGUACUAUCAUCUCCUUGUGUCAGUCGAACCUGAUAUGUGCUAAUCGUAAUGUGAUUGUAUACAGCCAUAUCUACAUAACGAAACGAACUUAUCAAUCAGGUGAACAGUAAAUCAAGAUAAAGGAAAUAAAAUAAGGAUCAUCCUUAUUUCAAUUUUAGAUCAUCGUUUGAUACGAAAUUGAUUUCACAACUGAGCAAUCAUAACACGGAUUGUUAUUAAAAGUUUGGAGGUGAUCCAAUAAGUUACGAUUACUAAUGUCCAUGUGUAUUAUGCGAUAACUACCAGUCACAUUAUUGUUGUACUUAGCUUUUAUGGACAUACAUCAACAUUCCUAUGUUUACAUUUCGACUUAUUUCAGUGAUUGGAAUACGAAAUCUCACCUCAGGAUAGGUGUACGAAUUUAUAAACAUACCAUAGAAAAAUUCUUUAAAUUCGUCCAAUCCUGCAUUUAAUCCGAUGUGAUUAGUUUAGAGGGGAAUUAAUUGACCAUGGCAUAUGUUGGCAGUAAACACUGUAAUGUUGUAAGCGAAGGGAGCUCUGGAAAUACUGUUGGAAGAAUCAAAUUAUCUCAAGAUGGUUAUCAAAUAGGGAGCCGAGAGACUCUGCAACAUGGAGGCACAGAGCCACAGACAACGAAAAACUAUGAGACGCAGCGAGUAGAUAUACCUGUUGAAGGUAAAGACGACAAAAAUGAUGAGUUAACAAAAUAUGGCGGUAAUGACAUUGUUGAUGUCGAACGUGAAAGUGAGAAUCUCCCAAAAUGGAAUGAUAUUCAAAUUGAGAUAUUGGAUUUAUUUUCAUUCAGACAUGAUUUCACUGAGUCCAAAGAUGUUAGUGUUAAUGAUAAACUGAAGAGAGACACCCUCAGUGAACCUAAAAUGGAUAAGAUCAACAGACAACUCGAUGGUAAUGACAAUGUUGAGAGAAAAGAUCCAACACCAAGCACAACUACAAAUUUGAAGGAUUAUUGGGCGGCCAAAGGACGUUCUUCAGAAAUGCCUAAGAUGAAAAUCCAAACAGUGAAACCACUCAUACCAAAACAGUUCCUUCAUAUGACGCCCGUACCAAAGGCUAAUCCCGAAUCCAGUAAAACUAUUCCCCGUAGAAUCCAAAAAGCACUAUCCGAGUGUGAAAAGAAGUGCAUGAACCGUAUUAAAGAAGUAAUGGAUCUUUAUGAAGCAAGGGUAAUAGCCUUGCAGGAUAAAUUAGAUCUUACGUCGUGUGCAUCCUGUAAUGAACAACAUAUUAAAAUAAGUGAAGACGUGGGUGCUAAGAGAAGCCAAGCGAACUCUGAUAUAGCGGGAUGUAAGCUUCAGAACUCCUUGAGUGCUUUGAAAGAGGCAGAAGAAAUGGCAAUGUCAUUAAGAGAGGAUAAUUUAAGAUUGAAAGAGAGAAACCUUGAACUUCAGUCUCAUAAUGAUUCCAUAAAAGCAGAAAUAAAAACAGUUAAAGAAAGCUCUGUUGCUAUGGAGAAGCAAUUGAGGGAAUCCAAACAACAAAUAAACUCUAUGGUGAUGGAGUAUGACUUUAUGAUGGUGCUCCACGAAAUGACUCUUCAUAAGUUGAAAUUGCUUGAAAAUGGCAAUAAUAUGAGGCAACUAAGUAGGGGCUAUCCACCUAAGGAGAGGUCAAACAUUUCAAGUAAUGGCCGUAAUCAGCCUGUUCUCCGACAAACCAGUAGUGUUGGUUCUCCUCUUUACAGACUUAGUGCAAGUGCUGAUAAUCCUCUAGAUAUGCAGAUUGAAGCAGUUGAAGAGGCGACCACGUCGGAUUCUAACAAAAGAGGUUCGCUAUCUUUGUCUGCUGGUUCAGAAUCCCCGGGGAUACUCGAGGAUGCUGAUGGACUAGGUAUUGACCCUCCACGCAGGGUUUCACAUUACUCUGUUGGUUCGUAUGAUUCUGAUGAAUCCGCCGAUUCUGACAUUUGGGUCCGAAGAGAGAGCACAAGGAGCUCCAGCAGCGCGGUAUUCCGCAAGAGUCUGACCUGGGAGAGUGGGAAAAUGUCCGAUGUGUUGCCUGGAAAGAAUGAUAUACCCGAUGAUGAACUACAGGGUGAAGAUGGGCUUGACGGUAUUGGUGAAGAACAUGGGUCUCUCCAUAGGUCUAAAUCCAGUGUGUCUUCAUUCGCUGGACUUCGGAAUCGCCGAAAUGGACUUAUUAACGGUGGACUCGCCGCUUUGGAGAUGAACAAAAAGAAAGUGAAGAAAAUGUCCAAGAAACAUUCCAAAUCAGAUCUUAAGUUUUCAAUACCCAGAUAGUUGUUGUAAAUGAACGAGAAACAUGUUUUGAACACGUCAAUUCUACUCAUGAUAUAGAUGUUAACAUGACCUGCGAUUGAUUCAUAUCAUCAAAGUUACAAGAUACUUAUAGAUACCGUGUUUGCUAUCCAACUAAUCCCCAGCUUGAAAACAUACAAAUGUGGGAAUAGUUUUUGUAAAUAAACAAAUCAUUUAUGACCUUCAACAUCAUGUUCUUCAAACGAUCUUCUUUAUUCUGUUAUUGAAUUCGUUGAAGCUCGUUAUUAUCCAUUGGGGAUUGCGCAAGACUUGGAUCAUUUUUGUA